AUGCAACUCCUCAAGCCGUUCAUCUUGUUCUCCUUGACCACUGCUGAGUGUCUUCGCGCUGCAGGUCAUUGUGACAAAUCCAAUCCAUGGAAGUAUUGCGCUAAGCGGACAACAAUACGCGAAGAGCAUAACUUGAGAGAGCCGAGAACGGGCUAUUCAAUGCGAAGUCUAGCCGGCCUAGGACCAUGGUACACAUGCUCAUCCUCAGACCCAUCGGCAAAAGAAUACUGCUGCUCAGUCGAGCCCAAGUUUACCCAUCAACCCAGUGAUUUCGUCAACGAUUACGAGUUCGGACGGGCUGGUUGCGGUCCGGCAACGUAGACGCGGUCUCCGAGUACGAUGUUCAUUAAGGAUGUCCGGUUGCUCGAUCUCCUGGGUCCAGAUCAUACCCAUUUUCCUAUUGAUUUUAUGACGCAUACCACAAGUGCUUGGAAGCUACAGAUUACCCAUCUUCAGGUGCACAAUUCCCUGUCUCUUCUCUUCAGUGUCUGGCUUCUUG